AUUCUUCUUUACCUUCUCUUCUUCUGAAAUUUUUGAAUUCAAAAUUGCUUGCGUCGAUCCAUCGUAGAGGAAGGACGAAGAGGCAAUUCUGCAGUUCGAGCUAGAGGUGGAUGUCGUCCUCCAACACGGACGCGCGUCAUGCUUCUCUCGGUCGACGAACGUUGGAGGAGAUUCGCCAGAAAAGAGCGGCGGAGAGAUUGAGCAGGGCUCCCUCGGGUCCAGAUCUCGCCAAAGCUUCUUCCAGCUCCAAUGGUACUGAAGGGAUGAGAAAAUCGGAGAGUGGAAAUCGACUCUCGGAGUCCGAUGUUAGCAGCUUAGUUUCUCAGCUGAAGGACUUUCAGAAAAUGAAUCUAGAAUUGGAGGAUGAAAACAGAAGAUUUGCAUCGCAGCUUCAAGCAAAGGAAGUUGAGAAUGCUACCCUGCUUAAGCGUUUAAAUGAUCUGGAACAGAACACAGUACCUUCUUUGAGAAAAGCUUUCAGGGAUGUCGCUAUGGAGAAGGAUGCAGCAGUUGUUGCACGGGAGGAUCUUUCAACCCAGCUUCGAACACUUAAGAAACGUCUGAAGGAAGCCGAAGAAGAGCAGUAUCGAGCGGAGGAAGAUGCAGCAGCUUUGAGAGCAGAACUCAACUCAAUACAGCAACAAGCAAACAGGGAUCAGUUUGGUGGAAUACCCUCUAUGGACAACUCUUUUAACCACUUGCAGGCCUUGGAAAAGGAGCUGAGUAGGCUAAAAGAUGAGCUCCAGCAAGAAUCUACAUUGAGGCAAUUAGAGAGGCAACGAUAUGUGGACGAGCAAGCUCGAACUUCUGAACUCAUGUCUGAAAAGCAAACAUUAGAAGAGAAAUUGGCUGCUCUGUCUAAAGAACCUUCUGAGAAAGCUCUAGAGAACGUGGUUCAUGAAGCAAUGUCAGUGGAGGAUAAGGAGAAAUCAGAAAAGCAGUUGCACGAUAUGGCUGUGGCAGUUGAGAGGCUGGAAAAUAGUAGGCAGAAACUUCUUAUAGAGAUUGAUUCCCAAUCUUCAGAGAUAGAAAGACUCUUUGAGGAGAAUUCCAACCUUACCUCGUCUUAUCAAGAGGCAAUGAGUACAGUAGUGCUCUGGGAAAAUCAGGUGAAAGAUUGUCUUAAGCAAAAUGAGGAGCUCCGAGGUGUUAUAGAUAGAUUAAGAGCAGAUCAGGCCAGUCUGCUGUCUAUUAAUGAGAGGGAGGCGCUAAAAGGUAUAGUGGAAUCUCAUGGAGAUGGGGUCAAGGAGAUAAGUUCGAAGCCACCAGCAUAUAUGUCCGAAAUUCUCUCUCUAAAGGGCCAACUUGCAAAAGAGCAGACAAGAGCAGAAGCACUAUCGGCAGAGAUCAUGCAGCUCUCUGCACGACUUCAGCAAGCUACACAAGCAUACAAUGGUCUUGCACGCCUCUAUAAACCAGUCCUGCGGAAUAUUGAGAGCAGCCUCAUCAAAAUGAAACAAGAUGGCUCUGUGACUGUGCAGUGAAAAGCAAAAAUUUAUAAUCAGUGUACUAUUAGGACCAAAUUUUGGUGAAAAUGCCUAGGACCAGCUCAUUGAUCAACUUUACAUAUACGUGGUUGCAUUUUUUUUAUAGUUAUCUUUAUUGACUAGUUUUUUCCAUUAUCAAGAGGGGAGGUUUGAACCCUGGCAGCUGGAAGAGUUUAGUUUAUGUAUUGAUUUUCCUUUGACAUCUAUGCUGGUUUCCUGCUUUGCUCGUGAGAACGUCGUGUGACCUAACCUUUAAACUUAUAUAAAUGUGUAUGGUUCAAUCGUAAAAUCGCGUUGGUUCUGUAA